AUGGAGAUACAAAGAAAACCCCAGAAAAGCUUGCUGGAGCUGAUGGAAGGUCAGCCGGGAAAGAAUGUACCUACAAAAACAAUACCAUCUCAGGCUUCAUCUCUUCCAGCUAGGUCUCCUCCUCCUACUCCUCGCCACCCUCCUCAGUCAUCCCCACAACCAGUGCUUCCCAACGCUGUUGAGCAGAAAAAACGCAAAGAACAGAAGGGCAAAGAGGUGGCGGAUACGAGUAAGUCUCGUCCCACUCGAGAGGAAAAUGUCCAACGAGCUGCAAAACAGCAGAAAACUAAGCACCAAGCCCCGCGGAGCCAUGAGAAAUUUGAUUCCCCACAUCCUGAGCCACAAGCAUGGUUGCCAGUACCUAUGCACGAUGGGGAGCCCCUACGAGAUGAUGCGUCUAUAAGGGACUUUAACGGCGGCAUUGGGUGUCACGUUGCCUCGGCCAUAGAGGAAGCCUUAUUGCUCCCGAAAGACAUGGCUGAGAUAAAGAAUAUGAGGAAGAAUGAACUCAUCCUCGACAACAAACGAUAUUUGGGAAUGCUAGAUGGCGAAAGGAAAAGACGGGCAAUGGCUGUACAGACUUUGGCCAAAUCUGAACAGGACUUGGCCGACGCAAGGAAAAAACUACAAGUCGAAGAAGAAGCUCGCAAGAGCGCUGAGUCAGCAUCAGAAGGCUACCAGAAGCAGGCCAAGGAACAAGCAAGGCUUCUGCGCGAGGCGAAUGCCGAGCUGAAGAAGACUCAAGAGCAAGCUCUUACUCUUAAGAAGCACCUAGAGGAAACUCACAAGCAAGCCGAGAAAGCGAGAAUCAACGCCGAACAGGUAAUGAACGAAGCCGAGCAGAGAGGCUACGAAAUUGGUAUAGCUGAAACUGAGAAGGCUUUGAGAGCCGAGGUUCCGGAGGUAUGCCGCAUCUAUUGUGCAAGAACUUGGAGCGAGGCUCUUAACCGUGCUGGGGUUAAAGCCUCAUCUGAGCUACGUAGGCCAGAGAACGUAUUCUAUCCCGAGGCGAUACGCCCCUUAGUUCUUCAACCCCGUCAGGCUGAUGCUCCUUCUCCAAUUAUUAACCUCAACGAGGAAGUUUUGCCUCGCAAUUCUCCUCCUCGUAGCCAACCGGGGCCAACUAAAGAGGGACUGGCCCCUCCAGGAGCUUCCCCAGACAAGAUCACCACCGCUUCAGAGGCAGAGACGGCUUCCUUGGGUUUUCAACAGGAAUUGGACUCCACAGUUCUACCAAUUGGGGGCAUUACCAAAGCCAAAGAUGGAAUCGCAACUUCGGAGGUAGACCUACCCGCCAGCCAGAUUCCACAGAUCCAGUUGAAAUUAAAAAAGUAG